UUGCUAGUUAAUAAAGAACAAGAUUUAGACACGAAGACAAGACAGCGAGACUUUUCAGGGUGUAGGGCAGCGUGUCAGCAAUGCCGGUGUCACAGGUACACAUCAGGGCACAGCUGGAGAAUGUCACCAACUUAGAGGCUCCCGGGGAUGACUUCCAGUACUGCAUCAAGACAAAGUGUGGGUCGUGCGGUGAGGUGAGUGAGCGUUGGCAGUAUGUGUCAGGGGACGAGAGGGUGGAUGUGCCACACUCCCGGGGCUCCUGCAACAUGGCAGUGAAGUGUAAGCUGUGUGGCCGCGUUAACACUCUCGACGUACAGACGGACAAGAAGCAGAAGUAUACCCAUGAUGACGUGCCAAACUUCAAGGUCGUGAUAGCCUUUGAGUGCCGAGGCUUGUCUGUUGUUGCUUUCCAGUUUGGGGAAGGGUGGCAGUGCCAGGGAGUGGACAGCAAGACACCCUUCACCAACCUAGACUUGGACGAGGACUGGUGCGAUUACGAUGAAGAGGCAAACUGUCCUGUCGGCAUCACAGAAUUAGAGUACAAGGUCACUUAAUACACACAGCAUUUCUAACAAGUACACAUCUUAAUCUCUUCCUUAAUCCUGUCUUGAUUCACUGACAACUACAAGGUUACUUAAUACACAUUAAUUCUAACACACACAGCACUUCUAACAAAUACACAUCUUAAACUUUUCCUUAAUCCUGUCUUGAUUUCACUGAUAACUGGUCACUUAUACAAAAUACUGUUUGGAAUUGUGAUAAACUGGCUGCCUUUUAUUCCAGCUUCCCUUUCUUUAAAUAAAUGUUAAUGUUA